UAAAGCUAACAGGGCCUGGUGCCACGCAGAUGCAUAUUGAUUGUGAAGAAAAUUUCAGCAUGCAUUGUUGUAAGUGGCUCUCCUUUGCUCUGUCCCUGGCUCAGUUUGGGACAUGUUUUUCCUGUACACCCAACUGUGAUGCUGAGGACUGGGACCAAAGUUUUCUGAGACCACAAAGAAUGAAACACGCUGGCAUUCGAAGCUUGCUGGUUGUGCAUGAGGAUCAGCUAUUAACACAACCUUUGGAGUCAAGCCAGAUGUCAUCUGGUACGGACAAGCAAGAUGCUUCUUUGGCUGAUAAUGAGAUAAAGUUUUUGGGUGGGCCUUAUGAAGCUACUGUUCCUGAAAUGUCUGAAGAAGGUACGUCAGUGAUUCAGGUUAAAGCACCAGAUCCACCGGGUGCCCGCCUGCUUUACCGCAUCCUUCCAGAACAGCCUUAUUUUUCUGUGGAGCCAACAACAGGUGUGAUAAGGACUGUUUAUCCAGUAGACAGAGAAACCCAAGAUAAAUACUUUGUUGUCAUCCAAGCCAGAGCUGGUCAAGCAGGUGGACGUUCAGCAACAACAACUGUAACUAUCAACAUCUCUGAUGUUAAUGACAAUCCUCCCCGUUUUCGGCACAAGCGCUAUGAAAUGUACGUAUCUGAGGCAGCACCCGUGGGCACUGUCCUAGGCAAAAUCAAGGCAGAUGACCGUGACAUAGGGGACAAUGCAGCCAUGGACUAUGUAUUACAAGGAGAAGCCCCUCACAUUGCUGACAUCAUCAAUAACUAUGAGACUCAAGAAGGAACGGUCGUGCUAAACAUGAGCAUGGAUUAUGAGACUCAAAACAUAUAUGAUAUAAGAGUGAAAGGGAUCAACAGAUACAUUGAUGAGCGUUUCCUGACAGAAGAAACUAGAUUUGAAGAUACAACAGUUCUAAGGAUCAGAGUGCAGGAUGUUGACGAACCUCCGGUUUUCAUAGCCAACGAAUUCCUGAUGGAGAUUGUUGAAGAGGACAUGAACAAUUCUUAUGUGGGAGCUGUAAGUGCCAAAGAUCCAGAUCAGGCCAACAGUCCAAUCAGGUAUUCUAUUGUCCACGACAAGUAUGUGCAGGGAAUAUUCAGCAUUGAUGAAUACAAUGGAACAAUCAGUAUAACUCAACCUCUGGACCGAGAGAAAGCCGCUUGGCACAACAUAACCAUCAAAGCCACAGAAUCAAGUAACCCAGAGCAAACAUCAGAAGUGAAUGUUUAUAUUCAAGUUCUUGAUAUCAAUGAAUAUGCACCAGAAUUUUCUAAAUACUAUGAGACGUAUGUGUGUCAGAAUGCAAAAUCUGGACAGCUCAUUCAGACUGUCAGUGCAGUGGAUAAAGAUAAUUCCCCAGAAGGCCACCAGUUUUACUUCUACUUGACUGAGGAGGCUACAAACAGCUCAGGAUUUGCAGUCGAAGAUAAUCAAAAUAACACAGCCAGAAUUGUUACCACAAGAAGUGGGUUCCGUGCCCGAGACCAAUUUGUCUUUCCCUUGAGAAUUCUUAUUGCUGACAACGGAACUCCACCCCUCACUAGCACCAACACUUUAACCAUCACUGUGUGUGACUGUGAUGAAGAAGUUCACAUCCAGUCUUGUCGAUAUGGAGCAAUGCUAUUUUCAAUGGGUAUCAGUGUACAAGCUUUAGUUGCUGUUGUGGCUUGUGCGCUAAUAAUAUUAGUGUUUCUUCUGGCAAUUGUGGCCUUAAAGCAGCAGACAAAACCUCCCCUAUUUCAUGAGAAAGGAGAAGCAUUUAGAGAGAACAUUGUUAAGUAUGACGAUGAAGGAGGUGGAGAGCAAGACACAGAAGCCUUCGAUAUUUCAGCACUGAGGAACCAAACUGUUCUGAGGGAACACAAGCCUCGAAGAAAUAUCACUACACAGAUCCAGAGCCUUUACAGGCAAUCUCUGCAAGUUGGCCCUGAGAGUGCUAUAUUCCGGGAAUUCAUUUCACAAAAGCUAGAAGAAGCAAACUCUGAUCCUAACGUGCCCCCUUAUGAUUCCCUUAAGACUUAUGCCUUUGAAGGUACAGGGUCACUAGCUGGGUCUCUCAGUUCACUAGGAUCAAAUUCAACUGAUCCAGAUGGAAGUUAUGAUCAUUACCUUCUUGAACUGGGCCUCAACUUCAAACAAGCAGGAAGCAUUCACCACUCUGCAAAGAAGGUGAAGUUUUAAGAAUCAUCAAUGUGCACAUAAUGGAAAAGGCCUUGGACCCAUGACUAGGGCAACAGUUUCGAAAGAACAGAGCUCUUAUUGAAUGAAAGUGAAAAAGCUGAACAUGUGGGAGUUUAAUGGCAAUGGCAGGCUAUUUUGAUAUCUGGCACAAUAUUACUAAAUCUUAUUAUUUAAAAUGUAACUCUAGCCUAUGUCUGUCAGAAGUGUAAUGCCAGUAGUGCAACAAUAUGUACAAAUCAUACUGAAAUUAGAGCUGUGCAUAUUAGGAAGCGAUGACCCACUGCCAUUUUGCAAAGGCACCAUUUUCCGUGUUUGAUUAUUUAAUGUAUAGGGUUUUUUUAGUUCAAAAAGAUGUCCAGAUUACUGGAGCUAGAUUAUUGGUAGUUGAUGAUAAACAAAAGAAAGAAAUUAAUUUUCUGAUACAUAAUCAAGGGACGAGAAAAGGUUUCCUGUAUGUUCAGCACAGUUCAAGCCUUUCAACUUUUUCAAGUUUAAUAAUCAGAAUUAGAGAUGGGGAUGAAUAUAAAAACAGAUUGGCUUUUUC